AUGGAACACAACACCAACGCGCUUGCGGCAAGCCGAAGGGUUACGGCCAUCGCCCGCCAUGUCGAGGCCAGCGCGCCGUCUGCUGCCGAGCUUCUGGAUCUCCAUCGCACCGCUGCCACCAACCAGGGCGGUCUCCUCAAGGGCCAGGUCGCGAUUGUGACGGGUUCGGGCCAGGGCAUCGGCGAGGCCACCGCGCACCUGUUCGCUGCCGAGGGCGCCAAGGUCGUGGUCACCGAUCUCGACAAGGCCAAGUCGGACAAGGUGGCGGCAGACAUCAAGGCCAAGGGCGGCGAGGCCAUCUCGGUGGCGGGCGACGUUACCGACCCCAAGUUCCCCGAACACAUCAUCAAGGCCACCAUCGACGCCUUUGGCCGGCUCGACAUUCUGGUCAACAACGCCGGCUACACGUGGGACGGCAUCGCCCACAGGAUGACCGACAAGCAGUGGGAGGCCAUGCUGUUGGUGCACAACACGGCGCCGUUCCGCCUCAUCCGCGCCGCCGCGCCCUACAUGCGUGACGCCGCCAAGCAGGAGAUCGAGACCUCGGGCAAGGCUGCCCCGCGCAGCAUCAUCAACGUAUCGUCCACGUCGGGACUCCAUGGAAACACUGGGCAGGCCAACUACGCCACUGCCAAAGCGGGCAUCCUGGGCUUGACCAAGACCAUCGCCAAGGAGUGGGGCGCCUUCAACAUUCGCUGCAACGCUGUCGCCUUCGGUUGGAUCAACACGCGCCUCACGGCCGCCAAGGGACAGGAGAACUUCAUCGAGGUCGAGGGCAAGAAGGUCGCCCUCGGCAUUCCCGGUGCGACCAACUCGGCCGAGGCUGUGGCGAAGACUGUGCCUCUGGCUCGUCCCGGCAACGUGGACGACGCGGCGGGCAGCGUGCUCCUCCUGGCCUCUCCCCACGCGUCCUACAUCACCGGCCACUGCCUCGAGGUCACCGGCGGCGCCGGCAUCUGA